CGUCUGGCCGUCCGUCUUGCUUUUCUUGUCUGGAGUAUUUUUUUCAGCAACCACUGGUUGGAAUCUAGCGAAACUUCAUAGGAAGCUUUACUAUCAAGAGGAGAUGCGCAUAUUUUUGUCGUGUUCCGGUCGGAUUAUUUUUCACAGAGUUAUUGCCCUUAUCAUUCAUCAGUGGUAUACUAUAGUACAAUUCAUGUCCGGAGUAUUUCUCAGCAAUCACUAGUUGGAAUUUAGCCAUACUUCAUAGGAAGCUUUACUUGCAUAUUACAUUCGUGUUCCGGCUGGAUGAUUUUUCUGACUUUAUCAAUGUUGGCUCUAGAAGAAAAGGGACAUAAUUAUAGUACAAAGUAUGGGUAGCCUCAGGAGUUAUCUCCUGUGAACAAACAUAGGGUCUGACCACACAGACUAAUGCAAAAUGGCCCGUGUCCGUAUGUGGUGGAUGUCAUACAAAAAUGCCGCAGCAGGAAUUACCAGUAGAAUAUUUAGAAAGUACUCAACUACCCGAAGGAAGAAUCGUGUGAUAAAUAUGCAGAAACACGUGAUAAACCUGAGCUGAAUGUGUAUGCUUUAUACUUCAUGACGAAACACAAGCUUAAACACACACGUGUUUUACCCGCUGAUUUAGCAUAAGAAACAAUUUGAAAUUUAUCGCAGAAAUAUAGAGUUACCGGCAGCUAUACAAGAAAAAUUCAAUAAAUUAAGCCUUCUUGCAUAACGUUACUUGUAUGAAAACAAUCAUUUGGUUCGCCGACAACAGAUUUACAAUAUAGACACUGCCAAUGUUUAAAGGAGAGCGUAAGCCAAAGAUCGGUACAAAUCUAGUCACUCCACGGAAGUUUUAUGUUUGACAAUUAUUUCAUUUCAACUUUGUAUUGAUUCUGAAAAUGUAACUUGUCUGAAGACUUUAUUAUGAAGAAUAAAGCGGAACAUUAUGCUGCAAUGUGGCACUCAGCAAGACCAUGUUGUAUUGGAAAAACAAUUAUAUCAUUCCUGAGUAUAGAAAUUCUCCGAGACUUCACGUUUCCUUAGUAUUGAUUUUUCCGGAAAAAGAACAAUUUGGUAUUGCAAAGAUUUAUUUAACAGUGUUGCUAUGUUUUAAUUUGGUAAAUAUAAUGGAGUUAUUCGUAUAACAAUAUGUAUUUGUUUAUCCGUGUCGUCGACAAGAGGAAUUUGUUUCAAUUGUUCUUCAUAAGAAGAUCUAACUGAAUUUUGACGUUAGUGUUUGCGAACUUUGUGAAAACUUCAGACAGAAAAUGAGGUAUAUGUCGAGAUGUAUUUACCAUACUGAGUUACAGGGAAGGAAAAACAAUGCACAUUGUUUUGUCAAGGGAAUUCUGCAAAAAAUGUGUUUCCUGGACAGAAGGGGAGUGUGGAGGGUAUUUUCUGGCAUAUUUACGUUAUAACAUUUAUACCUCCUUUACUAAUGAAUAGGUACAUGAUACACUUAUUUGAAAUAGACAUAUUUGUUGCACGAGUACGUACCGCGCCCGUGUUACAGGGUGUGAUGCCUGAGAUGCAUUUAGUUCCGAGGAAGAUUAUGCUGUAUACAACUGUUGGAAUAUUUGCUUAUAUCAUCUUGAUGUACGUGCUUUUAAAUCUCCCUAUAUUUGCUAAAGUGACGUCAUUUAUGCGUCACGUUUUGUCUUCGAAAGUUUCAAGUCAUGUUUACGGACUAGGUACAGUAAUGGUUGAUGUAAGAAGUCUAGGGAAAAAAUUAUCACACGACAUUGACAUGGUAACAAACUAUAACACAAGGAAAAAAAUAAAAAUUAAACGAAAUAGCGGGAAAGCGCGAAACAUUUGCUUUGACAUAUUUUUCAAUGGAAACCAAAUUUUCGAAAAGAAGGAAGAAACGCCCAAUAGCGGUCUUUGUAAUUGUUAUAUAACAGUUGAUAAUCCACCCGGCAGGUCUGGAAAUCAGAUGUUUCAUAUUGCGGCGUUGCUAGGCACCGCAUACAACCUUGACCUAAUUCCUGUGAUUCCCACAAAUUUUCCAUUGUCAGACUGGUUGGAAUUACCGAAUCUGGUUGACUUCAAUCUGACAGAGGCGCAGCCUUUCGUAAUCAAGCCGAGUGGAAUAUAUUUCAAAGAUAUAAACAACUUGGACAAUAAAAGAAAUUGGACACUCCGUGGAUAUUUUCAGUCUUGGAAAUAUUUCUUACACAGUGAACAUAUUAUAAAGAAUGCCUUUAAAAUUAAAGACGUUUAUCUUAACGAGGCGAAAUCGUUCAUUAAAAACAUAUCAAGGACCGGACUAGUGAAUGUAUGUGUACAUGUUAGAAGAGGUGAUUUAAGUGACAGUGUUGCUAUGAGGAAAGGUUACGCUAUCGCAGGAUUGGACUUCAUUUAUAAUGCAAUGAAUUUUUAUCGAAGAAAAUUUAAGAAUGUCCAAUUCAUCGUUUUGAGUGACGGCAUAUUUUGGUGCAUUGAAAAUAUUAAAGGUAACGAUAUCAUUUUCAGUCCAUUUUAUCGAUAUGCUGAGGAUAUGGCGCUAAUGACGCUUUGCAAUCACGUGAUUGUAACAUCCGGGACUUUUGGUUGGUGGGGUGCUUGGCUUUCAGGUGGAACAACUGUGUAUUUUAAUGGCUAUCCUAGACCAGAAAGUUGGCUGGCGACACAAAUUAACAAGAAAGAUUAUUACCCUAAAGACUGGAUAGCGUUAUAGAAUAGGGUAAAGCAUCAACUAAAAUAAAACUUUGAAGUCAUACUUAACAUAAUUUGACGUUUUAUUGCACAACAUGUGAAAAUGUGCGAUUCUAGGUUUUAUUAGUCCCUUGCUGGUUGAAAAGCAGUUUCGGGGAUUAUAGGAUUGCGCUUUUCCGUCCGUUUUUUUUCUAUCAUUCAUCAUAGGAUUUUAUUUACUUGGCACACAUGUUCUCCAGACUAGUUUAUUGAAUAGAUGAAGCCUUGUGACUUUUCAAUUAUGACUUUUGCCUUAUGUCUUGUCACUUGUGACCUUUGCCUUUUUCCUUAUGACUAAUGAGUUAUGAUUUUCACCAGAGGACUUAUGAACUACUACAUAUGACCUAAACAAACUGAUCAUGGCUAGCGGUCUACUAGUUGAUUCGGUAUAUUAAUCAUCUAACCUCUGGGCAGUUCGGUAUUUUUCCCUUUCAGUUGCGAUGACAAUUACAAUACUGACUAGAAACGUAUCAUUUGAACAAUUUUCAUAACGGAUCACCAACGGAUCAUUCCAGCCAAUUUUCUUUAAACUUACCCUGUGAUUCCAGAGAUGAUAUCUUUUGAAGUGUUUGUGAUGGACGAUGAAAAAUAGACAACGAACGAUGGGCACUUGAGCUUCCUUCUGGCGUACUAAAAAUAUGUAACUUUAAUCAGGAAACAUUAAAUCAGACAUGUUUCAUCACAAAACCGUAUAUAUGUGCAUAUAUUGAGUGAUCAACCAUGAAGCCUAUGUCAGAAUAAUUUGUAUAUUUGAUAUAUUGAUACUUGAAUUGCUGUCAAUAAUAGGAUGUCCGAGUGCUGAAAUUUCGAAUAACUAGAUUAAACAUCGUUUUCAGAAGUUUUGAAAAUUGUUUACAAAUUUUUAAAGGGGGAUAACUUCUUGGAAAUAUUUGAUGUUCGGGACAGUACGGGACAACGCGUUUAAACGUGUGUGUGUGUGUUCGGGUUUAACGUCUUUUUCAACAAUUUCUCGGUCAUAUAAACGACGGUGUCUACUUUUAGCAGUGGCAGUGAGCACAAUGCCCGACUUUAUAGUGCUGCCUCACUGGAAUAUCACGCCUUAGACACAUGACAUGAUAUCCCACCUUGUCAAAUUACACUGACACCGGGCAGUUCAGUCCUAGCACUAUCCUCUUAAUGCUUAGCGCCAAGAGAGGAAGCUACUAGUACAAUUUUUUACGUCUUUGGAUGACGCGGCCAGGGAUCGAAGCCACGACCUCCCGCACUCGAGCAGUCUUGGAUCGAGAUGUUUGGUAAAGAUGUUGUUCGUUCGUUUAUCAACAGUUGUGAGGCGUUCAGUAUACGGUUCAUCAUAUUUCUUAUGGAAUAAUCAAUUCUGUUUCAUGAAAGUCAUUAUGUUCAUUUGAAAUAUUGCAUAUUACGGACGAAUAGAAAAAUGAGUCCUAAAAUUGAAAAAUAUGUAAUUUUUUCGUUGAUUUACUUAUUUUUUCUUUUUAUCCGCUAUACAUAUUUUUGACAGAUUGCCAUUCGCAAUUAAAUCUAAUGCAAGCAACUAUUGUAAGCAAAUGUGCAUAAUGACUUUCAUGAAACGGGCAUACUCAUAAAUCGAAAAAUAAAGUUUUUACUAUUGCUUGCAAACGAACAACGUAUUCACGGACAUAGUAGUUAUUCAACAACUGUUUUCUGUUGUGUCCCGUACAGUCUCGUAUUUAGAAUAAUUUCAGAAAGUUGC